UGUGGCCCAGUUUCAUCUAAUACAUCUUACGCGUCCAGUGACAGUUUAUGAGAAUGUGUAAGGAAUGAUACUUAUCGCUGUAUAAUAUAUACAAAUUUAAAUUAAUUGAAAAAGAUUAGAAAUUUAUAAAAUGUCGGGUGAAAUUGAUAUCUUUGACGAUAACGAGGCGCAACUGUCUCAAGAUCUUGGAGAUGACGUUGUCCAAGAGGUUCUGAAGACUGGUACAGAUUUACGUCAAUAUUCCAGACAAAUUGAAAAAGAAUUGAAAGAGGUGGAGAAUAAAUCCAUUCAGGAUUACAUAAAAGAAAGCGAGAAUAUUGCGAGUCUUCAUAAUCAAAUCGCUGCGUGUGAUAACAUUUUAGAGAAAAUGGAAUCCAUGCUGAUGAGCUUCCAAUUAGAUUUAGGAAGUAUUAGUUCGGAAAUACUUUAUCUGCAACGUAAGUCUGUUUCAAUGAGCCAACAAUUGUCUAAUAGGCAAAUAAUUAGGGGGCCUCUCAGUCAAUUUAUUGAAGAUAUGACAGUGUCUGAAGCUCUCAUCGCAGGAAUUAUGGAUUGCCCUGUGACUGAAAAAGAAUUUUUAACUCAACUGCAGACAUUAAACCAUAAGAUAAAUUUCGUAAAAGAGCAGAGUUUUAAGGAAGCAAAGUCAUGUUUGGAUGUAAAAGACAUAUUAGAAAAACUAAAAGUAAAAGCACUAGCAAAGAUCAGAACAUAUCUUUUGGAGCAAAUUUAUAAGUUCAGAAAGCCAAUGACAAAUUACCAAGUGCCACAGAAUAACAUGCUGAAGUAUAAAUUUUUCUUUGAAUUUAUUUUGGCAAAUGAAAGGAAUGUAGCUGAAGAAAUUUGUGGAGAAUACAUUAACACAAUGAGUAAAAUAUAUUAUUCGUACUUUAAGUCAUAUUCUUCAAGAUUAAUGAAACUGCAGUUUGAAGAAGGAGCGACUAAAGAUGAUUUAAUGGGAGUUGAAGACACAGCAGGGAGAGGUAUUUUUCAUAAAACUACAUUGAAGCAUAGGGGUACAGUAUUUUCUAUAGGUAAUAGAGGAGAUGUAUUAACUUCUCAGUUGGAAGCACCCAUUAUAGUACCUCAUACUGCAUCUAAAACAAGAUAUCAUUAUGAAGCUUUGUUCAGGAGUGAACAAUACGCUCUUGUAGAUAAUGCUUGUAGAGAAUAUUUAUUUCUAACUGAAUUUUUCAAAGUACGUGGUGUGCAGGCAAUGGACAUUUUUAACCAGGUGAUGGGAAAGACAUUAAAUCUAAUGGUGAAAAAUCUGCAGUCUUUUGUGGAAGAUUGCUAUGAUACCAUUGCCUUAUUUCUUUGUUUACAUUUAAUAUUACGAUACAAUUUAACUUGUCAUAAAAGAGCAGUACCAGCUUUAGAUAAAUAUUGGGAUAACAUGACAUCGGUAAUUUGGCCUAGAUUUGAGUAUGUUUUUCAACUGAACAUUCAAAGUAUAAAGCAUUGUGAUACAUUAAAGCUCACUCAAGAAACGGGACCACAUUAUAUUACACGAAGAUAUGCUGAAUUUAGUGCCGCAAUGGUCAGUGUAGUUGAAGGAUUUCCUUGUGAAGGAGCCACACAAUUAUUAGCAGAAUUACGAGAAGCUGUGCAAUGUUUCCUAUUAAGAAUGGCUGCUACAUUUUCCACUAGGAUCCAACAAUUAGUUUUCCUCAUCAAUAAUUAUGAUUUGGUUCUUGGUGUAUUGAUGGAAAGAACGCGUGAUAAUUCAAAAGAAGCAGAAAGUUUUCGCGAUCAAUUAAAUGCACGUUCGUCAGAGUACGUCGAGGAAAUUUUAAGUCCACAUUUUGGAGGUAUAAUACAGUUUGUCAAAGAAUCUGAAGUAAUGAUCGAAAAAGGUCAAACUGACGAAUCGAAACGACAGGAGGGAAAAGCAUUAGCUCUUGUACAAUCUUUUACAAAUAAUUGGAAACGUGCAUUAGAAGAAAUUAAUCACGAAGUAUUGAAAUCUUUUCCUAGUUUAGUACUUGGUACAGCACUAGUACAGCGUGCAAUGACACAGUUAGUGCAAUAUUAUCAUAGAUUUCACAAGAUCUUACCGCCAAAUGCUCGUACACAAUUAACAAAUUUUCAUCAUAUAAUGGUGGAAAUGAAAAAAUAUAAAGCGAAUUAUUAAAAAAAAUGGCAGAAUUUUUGUUAAAAUUAAACAAAAUUAUA